ACCGCAUACGAUACACAGCAGUUAUCGAUUACAAAAAGAGUGCAGCUCUGAAAGCGCACGUUGAAAUUAAACCGAUUCUUUACUGUUUUAUAUUAAAAUGUAUUAUAUUGGAAAAGAAAAUGGACGAAACUGUGGACGAAGCGGCGUUUAAUGCCAAUAUCGGCCGUAUUGCUCGAUCUACGCUUUUGCACGAUGCUGAACAGUCGAUCCACAGGGAGUUGAUCGACUACGCUGUGGCGUCAUGCCGCCUGUUUUACAUUCAGGAUGCUUCAGCCUGGAAGGAAUGGAACACCAGGAACGAGGCUUUCAGGGAUCUCACUGCCAAGGAAGUGUGCCAUUUAUUCCUAACCGAAGUUCUGCCCCAACUGGACAACUAUCAGCUUCCGGAGAUGGCCCAAAAACGCCUCAAGCUUCUGGAUCUGCAUCCGUUCUUCAGGCGAGUUGACCAAGGCUACCAGUAUACUCCGGAUUGUGACCUUGCAGCUCGGUUUGUAGUCCAGCCUCAGAAGCAUUUUAUCCAACCUGAAGAUAUCAAGAAGAUGAAGAAAGGCGAUUCACUGAAAAGAUGUCAAACCGUGCUCAUGGAAAGCGAUGAAAUGGAGCAGAAAACCUGCGUUGGGUAUCGAAGCAAAGUCACCCUGGAGUCCGCCGUUCUCUUCUCGGUACUAUUGUCCACCAACCAUGAGCUUUCUAUUGGGAAGAUGCUCGAUAUGAGUGAGAUUCACGAAAGACUACGGCGCGCCAAACAGUCAUUCGAGGAUACUGCUAGAGUAACUCCGUUCCGAACGAACAUUGACGACCUAAUCUCCGAUUUGGAUGUCUGUGCUAAGGUCAAGUCAAAACUUUGUCGAGUAAUAAGUGAUUGUAAAAAGUACUAGAAAGGAUUAGCUAUUAUUAAGGAUAGUUGAAAACCAACUGACUAUUUCGAAAGUCUUGCCCAGUCUGUGCACAAAGUUUUCUUUGACUUCCGAAUUCGGUUUUAAACAUUUUAUAUUGAAUUUAUAUCUUUUGUCUAUAUUUAAUACUUUUAUUUGCUUUUAAUCAAUAGUAUAAAAUUAUUUCUCUGAAUUUUAGGUGACUAUAAGAAGUCUACUUUUUGUAAUAUUUUAGAACCAUGUAAGCUCAAAAUAUUACUUACUAUUCAUAUUUUAAUACAUAAUUCCCAUGUAAUCUUGAA